AUGGGAAACGAGUAUUAUAACAACAAGUUCGCCUAUCAGAACCAGAAAAACAACAAAAUGGCGUAUGGUGGUGGAUAUCAACCAGUACCCGGCCCGACUGCGCCAAGCUUGGAAAUCAAUAUCAAUCAGAACAAUGGUGGAUCGAGUCCAGCGGGCACCUACAAUCCGACAACAAGACGACCACCCAAUUAUGCCCCUCCCCCGCCGCCCAUGAGCGACUAUGCCCAACCCGCCUACAAUCCGAUGUGGUUCGAUCGAUUUCCACGAAGAGAAAACCGAGGAAUGUUUCGAUUGGCGCUAGUGGAAGCGAUGCUUGCUUUGGUUGUGCUUGGUGGUGGGAUUUGGUGUGCGAGGGAUACAGCCGAUUAUUGUCCAUGGCAUUCAGCUAUUUGGACGGGCGCUUUCUUCCUCAUCAACGCCAUCAUCGGCUCGGCGGCGGCCAAGAUUGGUUCCAUCAAUUUGUACAUGGCGCAUCUCGUUCUUUCGCUAAUUUGUGUCGGAAUGUGUCUCAUCGGUGGUGGGCUUUCGGCUAGAAACUGGAUGACAGUCGGCACAUACAGUCAUCCAAAGAUUGAAAGAGGAGCCGCUUUUUGUCUUCUGGGAGAACAUGAUCCGAGCAGGAUUUCGUAUAUUUUCUCGCAUAUGGAUCGUUACGAUUUCAGGAGUUGUCUCUUCCAAUUGAAGGUUGGAAUUGCUGUGAAUUCUGUGCAAUUCGUUGUUGCGGGUCUUGAAGUUCUUCUCAACAUACUCUCAGCGAUUCUCUGCAUGAAGAGAACGUGCACUUCAUGCAUU